AUGGCCGACUCUAAUAUUUCUGGCGAGGCCGUGCCGCUGACGAACCGGCCGUCGACUAUACUUGGCUUGACUAUUUCGUUUUUGCUGUUCUCGUGGAUUUGCGUCGCCGGUCGACUGUAUACUCGAGUUAAGAUCAUUCGGUCACCGGGAUGGGAUGAUUUGUUCGUCGUCCUUUACUUGUUCACGACUACUGCCGGGACGAUUGCCAUAUGUCUCUCGGUUGAUCAUGGCCUAGGUCAACAUGUUGCCACUCUAGAUCCGUCUACGGUAAUGAAUUACCUCAAGUGUUUCUACGUCAUGAACGCGGCCUACGUCAGCUCGACCACUUUCAUCAAACUCGCCUUGAUGUUCCAGUAUCUUCGAAUUUAUGAUCAAGCCACCAUGAUGUACCGCACCUGCCAGGCUGUGACUAUCUUCACUGCUUUAUGGGGAUUCGCCUAUUCCUUUAUCGCCUGGGUACCUUGCUUCCCUAUCUGGCAGUUCUGGACAGGUGACCCAGGUGCCCAAUGCUACGGAUAUGGGUCGAUCAUACCAACGCAAUUCGUGGCUACGUAUGAGACCCACUCGGCUAUCAACAUGGCCCUCGAUAUAAUGGUUUUAAUCAUUCCCUUGCCUCUAUUCUUCCAGAAAGGGACGAAGUUUACGCAACACCUACGACUGUUUGGCCUCAUAUUCAUGGGAACGGUCGUAAUCUGCAUCGCAAUCUGGCGUCUGGCAACGAUAAUCAAGCAUCAAGCCGCCACCUGGCCGAUCUGGGACCCGACCUGGUACGCCCCCAUCAGCAUCAUACUCGCCAUGCUCGAGAUAGACACCGCCGCCGUCUGCGCCAGCGUGCCCAUCUUCUGGCCCUCGCUCAGCAACCAGGUAUCCAAAAUCUUCGUCACACAGGAGAUCAAGAUCACACGCGAGACGCGCUACGCCCACGCCGAUGAGGAGUCUCAGUUGACGCAGUCUCAGCACAGUCGGAUGGGGAGCGAGGCCGAUCUGAAGCGUCAGGAGAGUACGAGGAAGAUGGAUGCGCAUUAUCAUGAUUCGUAUAUACUUAGGCAGGUCGAUCCGUUGAGGAGUCCAGGGGAGUCGCCUAGGGUUGAGGUUGAGGUGGAGGCGAUUGGGUUUAAUAGUAUGAAGACGAGGAAGUGGUAA